CUCUCCAGACGAUGCCAGCUGGGGGUUGUGGCUGAGCUUGGGUUCCCGGGUGACAAGUCCAAGCUGGGGAAGUGUGAGUGCGCGCUCCCUUGACCGCUGGCAGGUUUGCGACUCGGGGUGACCUUCAAGUGGCCAGGGACGGAGGGCGGAGAGUUGUGAGCCUGGCGCUCUGUGACGAGGCGCUGCCGCCGCCACUCCGCCGGCGCCACCGCGGUCCUUCAGGAAAGGAGCAAGCGAACCGGAGGGCCGCCAGGUCCCCAGGCCGGGCCUGGUAGGAGGAGGUUCGGGCCGCGGCCGCGCGGGGCCGGGGCCGGGGCGGGGCGGGUCUGGCCCGCGCUUGGGGCGGGUUCCCGUGGCCGGCGUGUCGCGCGUGGGAGGCCCUCCCCAAGAGGCAUAAUGGCAGAAACUGCUUCUCCACUGAAGCACUUUGUGCUGGCUAAGAAGGCAAUUACAACAAUCUUUGGCCAGUUGCUGGAGUUUGUUACUGAAGUAUCGCAUUUUGUUGAAGCAACAUAUAAGAAUCCAGAACUUGACCGAAUAGCCACUGAGGAUGAUCUGCGGGAAAUACAGGGGUAUAAAAACAAGCUUUCUGUGAUUGGUGAGGUGCUAUCUAGAAGACACAUGAAAGUUGCAUUUUUUGGCAGGACAAGCAGUGGAAAGAGCUCUGUUAUCAAUGCGAUGUUGUGGGAUAAAGUUCUCCCUAGUGGGAUCGGCCAUACAACCAACUGCUUCCUGAGUGUUGCGGGAACUGAUGGAGAUAAAGCCUAUCUUAUGACAGAAGGAUCAGAUGAAAAAAAGAGUGUAAAGACAGUUAAUCAGCUGGCCCAUGCCCUCCACAUGGACAAAGACUUGAAAGCUGGGUGUCUUGUGCAUGUGUUCUGGCCAAAGGCAAAAUGUGCUCUCUUGAGAGAUGACCUGGUUCUGGUAGACAGUCCAGGCACAGACGUCACAACAGAGCUGGAUAGCUGGAUUGAUAAGUUUUGCCUCGAUGCUGAUGUCUUUGUUUUGGUUGCAAACUCUGAAUCAACACUAAUGAACACGGAGAAGCAUUUUUUCCACAAGGUGAAUGAACGGCUUUCCAAGCCUAAUAUUUUUAUUCUGAAUAAUCGAUGGGAUGCCUCUGCAUCAGAGCCAGAAUAUAUGGAAGAUGUACGUAGACAGCACAUGGAAAGAUGUAUGCAUUUUUUGGUGGAGGAGCUCAAAGUUGUGGAUCCUUUAGAAGCACGGAAUCGAAUCUUCUUUGUUUCAGCAAAGGAAGUUCUUAGCGCUAGAAAACACAAAAUACAGGGGAUGCCAGAAGGUGGUGGAGCACUUACUGAAGGCUUUCAGACAAGGUUGCAAGAAUUUCAGAAUUUUGAGCAAAUUUUUGAGGAGUGUAUCUCGCAGUCAGCAGUGAGAACAAAGUUUGAACAGCACACUGUCAGAGCUAAGCAGAUAGUAGACACUGUGAAAACCAUAGUGGAUUCAGUACACGUGGCAGCAGCAGAAACAAGGGUUUAUUCAAUGGAAGAGAGAGAGGAUCUAAUUGAUAGACUGGACUUUAUUAGAAAUCAAAUGAACCUUUUAACAUUGGAUGUUAAGAAAAAAAUCAAGGAGGUUACCGAGGAGGUGGCAAACAAGGUUUCAUGUGCAAUGACAGAUGAGAUUUGUCGGCUGUCUGUUUUAGUUGAUGAAUUUUGUUCUGAGUUUCAUCCUACUCCAAGUGUAUUGAAAGUAUAUAAAAGUGAGUUAAAUAAACACAUAGAAGAUGGUAUGGGGAGAAAUUUGGCUGAUCGUUGCACCAGUGAAGUCAACGCCUCAAUGCUUCAAUCCCAGCAAGAAAUUAUUGAAAAUUUGAAGCCAUUACUUCCAGCGGAUAUACAAAGUAAACUUCAUACCUUGAUCCCUUGCAAGAAAUUUGAUCUUAGUUAUGACCUAAAUUGCCAUAAAUUAUGUUCAGAUUUUCAAGAAGAUAUUGUAUUUCGUUUUUCCCUGGGCUGGUCUUCCCUCGUGCAUCGAUUCUUGGGCCCCACAAAUGCACAGAGGGUGCUACUUGGAUUAUCGGAGCCCAUUUUUCAGCUUCCUAGAUCUUUAGCCUCAACUCCCACUGCUCCUGCCCCUACUAAUCCAGCAACGCCAGAUAAUGCGUCACAGGAAGAACUCAUGAUUACCUUAAUAACAGGACUAGCUUCUCUCACAUCUCGGACUUCUGUGGGCAUCAUAGUUGUUGGAGGAGUGAUUUGCAGAACUAUAGGCUGGAAACUUGUAUCUGUUUCACUAAGCAUGUAUGGAGCAUUAUAUCUUUAUGAAAGGCUGACCUGGACCACCCGUGCCAAAGAGAGAGCUUUUAAGCAGCAGUUCGUGAACUAUGCAACGGAAAAACUGCAGAUGAUUGUUAGCUUUACAAGUGCAAACUGCAGCCACCAAGUACAACAGGAAAUGGCUACCACUUUUGCUCGCCUGUGUCAGCAAGUUGAUAUUACUCAAAGGCACCUGGAAGAAGAAAUUGGUAGAUUGUCCAAAGAAAUAGAUCAACUGGAGAAAAUACAAAACAAUUCAAAGUCUUUAAGAAAUAAAGCUGUUCAACUCGAAAAUGAGCUGGAGAAUUUUACUAAGCAGUUUCUGCAUUAAAGCAAUGAAGAAUCUUAACAAUGGAUUGCUUUGGUGACCAUGAGAAGAGGAAAUGGAACUUGGAAGAUGGGGACAAUUGUUAUUUUUAUGAAAUGACCUCAGUAUGAAUUUCACUAACUGUACUAAAUAGCAAAUCCCUGUUUAGAUUCUGGUAAUUAUCUCAGGGUGUUUGCAUUUCUGAAGAGUGUUAUGGUAUGUCCUUAGUUUUAAUUUGGGUUUAAAAAAAGAGAAAAUCAUUUGUGUUGCGUAAUGAGUUAGUUAAAAGCAAUAGAACCAACAAUUUGACCCCUGAGGGGUGGGUCCUUGAGCUCUUCAUUAGGGCUUUUUGAUUCUGAAAAACUCUGCUUCCUGGCAUCCAGGAGUUUGAAAAUAAUCCUUUCAUUUUUUCCUUAAAACUAGUUUUUGAUGUCUUCUUUAAUGGGAGUAGUCAGUUUGGGUUUUGUUUCAUAAGCUGCCUUGCUCUAACCAUCCAGGAGUGUGGGGUGUUCUUGAGUGGACUGUUGAUGAAACUUAGUCUCCGCCAUUGAGGCAGUAUGUAAGCCACUAAUAAAUACUCGUUUUUACCCCUGCUUUUAUUCUCUUUAAAACUGAUAUAAAACAUUAUGAAGGUUUGUUAAUGUGGUCACUUAUGAAAGUGUCUGAGUUUAGUUUCCCAGUCUUUCUUAGGGACAUCUUCAGCUUGGUGUAGUUUUAAGUCCAGUAAGGAAAGCUUUCCUAUGUGUUUGAAUAAAGUUUGAAGUGAAAAAAAUAGCUAAAGAAACAGGAGGUCUGAAUUUGGGUGAUAACAGUAAUCUUCAUUAGUAGGCACUUGCUUAAGAUUCUGCUGGAUUCUGUCCUAUUAGAGGCUUUUAUUUUUAUUUAUUUCCAUGAAUUUGCCAGGGCUUCAUUAAAAAUUGUUACUGUAUUUUUUACUUUAGUGAAGUGUUGAUGGUUUCAAGUGUUUGCUGCUUCUGUAGUAAAAACUGAAGUUUACAUAGAAAUACUAAAAAACGACAUCAUUGUAGGAUCUUAUAAAAAAUGAAGGAUCACCAGAUCAGCAUCACCUAGAUGCACAUUAAAAUGUACAACCCCAGGGGACAAAACACAUUUGGCCAGGUGUAGCACUUGACUCUUUCUUGGGACAGACAAAACUUCAGGCUUUUUUCUUUUAGUGCUUCCUUUUCUGUGCCUUUCAAGGCUCCUGGAUGCUAGUUGGUCUUUUCACACCAUGUGUGUGUAUCUUACUUUUCAAGAUAUUUGAAGGAGAAAAUUACAUUAUUAGGCAAUUAGGAGCUUUUAAGAAAUACUCAUAUUUUUAUGCAAAUCAAUUAUUUUAAGUUUAAAUACAAAUGACUUAGCUUUUAGCUUUUAUUGAUAUAAGCCAAAAUUAGGACAGGCCAUUGAUAAGGGCUAGAUGGUAACAAUAACAUGAAAAGUUAAGACUGGGUAUUGUGUCAAUGUGAGUUGUAAGUUAUGUCAAAGUACUUGAACUUUGGUUAUCACCUCAGUACAGUACAUACACCAGUUCUUGAAGUUUGAUCAGUGGAUCACCAUCAUCACUUUUGAACCUGCAGGAAAUGCAGAUUCUCAGGUCUCAACCCAGAUCUAAAGAAUCAGAAACUUUAGGUUUGAGGACUGGCAACAUGUUUUAACAAGCCCUGUAUGUGAUCCUGAUAGUCCACUACAGUUUGGGAACACUAGUAUAGUGUUUCUGGUAAGUUUUCUUAGUAUCGAUGUUAUUCCACCUGAUCAAGUUUGAAGGUAUAUAGAUGUUGGGAACAGAACACUAAAAUAAUGGGAACUAAGUCUGCUUCCCAGACAGAAGUGCACCUGUAGGUCCAUGACUUAUGCAGAAAUUAUGUAACUAUGACACUAAUGUACUCAAAGUUACUACACAUAUACUUGAUUAUUUACUAUGUAUGUCUGCAGGGUUAUUUAUAAAUUUUGUAUACUCAAACUUUUUACAAACAUUUUCUUAAGUGUGCAAGCUUGCAAGGUGAAAAUAAAACUUGUUUGCCAGAUA